CCCCGCCCUGGCCUCCGCUUUGUCGGGGACCGUGCGUCGCGAUAAGCGCCGGAGCUGCCGCCCGGGCCUCUGCGUCGGGCCCUGGGCGCGCGCGGACUCAGGCGGGCGCCGCCCUCCGCGCUGCCGCCGCCGCACCUGGCCGGAGACGCGCGGUGCCUGCCCGACGCCGCCUCGGGCUGGUGCGGGGCCGGGACGGAGAGCGUGUGAGAUCCUCCAGCAAGGCACAGCCGGUCCCCGCCGUCUGCACGCUGCCUCCGAGGCGCAGCAAAGGCUGUGUGUGUGUAGAGCGCUGUGCGCGCUGUAAAGGCGCGUCGGAAGCCUGCUCCAGGCCUGCUUUUUUUUUUUUUACCAUCCGCAAGGCCUGUGAUGCUUUCGAUUGAUGGGACUCACCCUCUGAGAGCCUAGAGGAUUGGCUUGGAGGCCCAGCAGGUGUGGCAGCUCUUCAGCAGAAGCAACUGCCGCAAAAACAGAAGAUGACUCCUUCCUCCAGUGGUUUCUGCUCCUCGUUCCUGUGACUGCUUUUGGCCUAGGGACAUGGCAGGUCCAGCGUCGGAAGUGGAAGCUACAGCUGAUCGCAGAGCUGGAGUCUCGAGUUAUGGCCGAGCCCAUCCCUCUGCCCGCAGACCCGAUGGAACUGAAGAAGCUGGAGUACAGGCCAGUGAAGGUCAGGGGGCACUUUGACCACUCCAAGGAGCUGCACAUGAUGCCACGGACCAUGGUGGACCCAGCCCGGGAGGCCCGGGAGGCCGGCCGGCUCUCGUCAGCGCCUGAGAGUGGUGCCUACGUGGUCACUCCCUUCCACUGCACAGACCUGGGAAUCACCAUCCUGGUAAACAGAGGGUUUGUGCCCCGCAAGAAAGUGAACCCAGACACACGGAGUAAAGGCCAGAUCGAGGGAGAAGUGGACCUAGUUGGGAUGGUGAGGCUGACAGAGACCAGAAAGCCCUUCAUUCCUGAGAAUAAUCCGGAGAGGAACCACUGGCAUUACCGGGACCUGGAGGCCAUGGCCAGGCUCACAGGCGCAGAGCCCAUCUUCAUAGAUGCCGACUUCAAGAGCACAGUCCCCGGAGGACCUAUUGGAGGGCAAACCAGAGUCACCCUGAGGAACGAGCACAUGCAGUACAUCAUCACCUGGUACGGACUCUGUGCGGCCACGUCGUACCUGUGGUUUAAGAAAUUCCUAAGACGGACUCCUGGUGUGUGACGAGGUUAUGGGAUGUAGCCCUGUCCCUGAACAACGGAAGCCACUUCAAGAUAGCUGGUUUUAUGCUGACCAUGUGCUUACUGGUAUAAAUAAAUCAAUCUCUACACCACACUUGCAUGUAGCGCCUUCCUUUCUACC